ACAUUAAAUAAUAAACUUAUUUGUGAAAAAUCAUUUUCCAAUGUAAAUAUUAAAAAAUGUGAAUAAAGACGAUCGCAAUGGUAUAGAGAAAAUGGGUACGAGCAGCUAAACUUAUUUUAUUAUGGGCAUGGCAGGAACAUAUAUGAUCAUAUAGCACAAUAACAACAACAGCAACAACAACAGCAACAACAACAACAAAAACAACAACAACAAUAACAACAACAACAACUGUAGGACCAUCAAAAAGAUGAAUUUAACAGACACCAGGCAGCACAACUGCAAUGUGUUACAAGCAGUGUAUUCGUUACCUGGAGUUGAUAAAAUAAUUCUAACAUUAGUCUACGCGCUAACAGGGCUUAUCAUAAUUGUCACAAAUAUCAUGGUUAUAUAUGGACUUGUCAAAACAAAACAGAUAAAGAAUCGAUCAAACAAACUGUUUAUCAUUCUCAGUAUAUCCGAUAUCGUAAUUGGUUGUUUAACAGUCCCAGCACAGAUAGCGAAACUGAUUAGUUUACAUUGUGUAUUGGUGCCAGCACUUCAAUUAUUUUCAAUGUUUCCCGCGCUUUUUUCGUAUUCACUAACUGUCCUGAUAGCUAUAGAUCGAUACAUCCUGGUCAAACACACCAGCGUUUAUCAGAAAUAUAUAACAAAAAAGAAAAUGAAUAUAGUCGUUCUGUUUAUUUUUCUUAGCAAUGUUGCAGCGUCUGUGUGGUAUGGUUUUGGUGUUGAGUUAACUCCCAAUGUUUUUCUUGGGGACAAAACCUACAUUUUAUUGUGUACAUAUGAAGUUCUCACUGUUAUAUUGACAUCUGUACUUUACAUAAAGUUAUUGUUCUUUGUGAAAAAGAAAGCUAAGACGAUCGAAAUUGCUCGCCACCCGAACAGCAACAAAAGCAAACGAAGCGACUCAAGAGCAACGAAAACUAUAGCCUACAUAUUUAUUAGCCUUAUUUGUUGUUAUUUUACGCACGCCUUCGCUUUGCUCUAUGUUAUCGCGAAUGUGGAUGAACAUUUCAACAAAAUCGUUUUACGGAAUAUCUUAGCGUGGUCAUUUUUAGCUGUGACGUCAAAUUCGGCAAUCAACGCCGUCAUUUUUCUUAUUCGCAAUCAGAAGAUUAAGGAACACUACGAAGUAAUAUUUAGGACGGUACAAAGUAGGAGACAGAUCGAUGUACCGGAAGCUAAUGUGUAGCAUCAUUUUUUUAGAAAGAAUGGAAAAGAAUGAGAAUUUUUUGUUGUUGUGCUGCACGUGCUCACUUUAAAAACAAUAGUUAUGUUUAGUGUGUGUGUGUGAGAGACAGUUUUUUUUACAAAUACGACAUAAAACGCAGGAUUAUCGUUUAAAAUCUCAUUUGGUCUAAGAUAAAUCAUCAGGAAAAACAUUAAAAAUAUUCUCAACAAUGCGUAUAAUUCAAUUUUUCUUUUCUAAUUUGAUUAAACAGAAAUAUGAGAUUUUCAAAACAUUCAACUACUUUUCUCAGCUUGAGAAAAGGAGUUGUAUAGUAUUGGUCUUGACAAUAAAAAUAUUUUUACGUUAAGGUCUUUUUAAAAAUGGGUGCAUUCAUUUAUUCAUAUCGUGCCUAAAUGUCUCCACAUUAAAAAAAAUCCUUAAAUAAUUAAUAAUA